AUGGAAGGAAUGGCAAACAACGAAGAUCAACCAAUGACCAUGUUCGAUUAUGCUCGUCCAUCAUUAACAGGGACAGAGUCUAGCAUUGUCCGUCCGGAUGUGCAAGGAAAUUUUGAAAUAAAGCCCAAUGUUAUUCAGAUGGUUCAGCAGUUUGUCCAGUUUGAUGGGUUGCAAGACGGAGACCCCAAUGCUCACAUUGCAAAUUUUCUAGAAAUUUGUGAUACUUUCAAGAUCGAUGGAGCUACUGAUGAUGCAAUCCGCUUGAGACUAUUUCCAUUUUCUCUCAGGAGCAGAGCAAAGCAAUGGUUGAAUUCUCUCCCACGAGGGUCUAUCACUUCAUGGGAGGCUAUGGCAGAAAAAUUCUUGGCAAAAUAUUUCCCUCCCGCGAAAACUGCCAAAAUGAGGAACGAUAUCUCUUCCUUCUAUCAGUUGGAGUCAGAGACAUUAUACGAUACAUGGGAGAGGUUCAAGGAAUUGUUGCGGAAAUGCCCACAUCAUGGGAUUCCGGACUGGCUUCAAGUGCAAACCUUCUACAAUGGAUUAAACACAGCCACAAGACAAAUGAUAGAUGCUGCAGCUGGGGGCACUUUAAAUAGCAAGACACCAAGGGCUGCACAAGAACUGUUUGAAGAAAUGGCAAUGAACAACUAUCAAUGGAGCUCCACUCGAUCCAAACCUGCAAAAUCGGCGGGGAUCUAUAGUCUUGAUGCAGUAACAUCCUUGGCAAUGCAAGUGGAAGCCUUAGGGAAGAAGAUUGAUGGUCUAUCUGUUAACCAUCAAGUUGCUCCGGUAAUGAGAUGUGAUAUUUGCGGAGGAGGCCACCCUAAUCAUGAGUGUCGAGCUACUCAGAAAGAAUAUGCCAAUGUGAUAGGAAACAUACCACCUUAUCAAAAUUAUAAUGGCAUGAAUAAUCCGGGCUGGAGGAACUAUGCAAACCAACCAUGGAACAACAACCAACAGCCAAUGCAGAACAACACACUCCCAGGAUUUCAACAAGCUUCACAUCCACCACCACCCCCAGCUGAAAAGAAGUCAAACCUUGAGGAACUCCUCUCAGAAAGACCCCAAGGAAGCUUGCCUAACAAUACUGAGACUAAUCCUAGGGAGCAGGUCAAUGCAGUAACAUUAAGGAGUGGCAGAACAUUACAAGAGAAGGGGAAGCAAGAAACAGAAAAAGAUGCAGUUGAAGAGGAGGAUAAAUGUCAAGAGGAGAAUGUGGAAAAGCCCCCUGUAGUGAAAGAAUUCAUACCCCCACUUCCCUACCCAGCUAGAUUGAAGAAGGACAGAGACAAUGAACAGUUUGGUAAAUUUCUUUCCUUAUUUCGUCAGCUUCAUAUUAAUUUACCGUUUGUUAAUGCCUUGGCACAGAUGCCCAAGUACGCCAAAUUUCUGAAGGAUCUAUUGUCCAACAAGAAGAAAUUGGAGGAGUUGGCCACAGUAACUCUGAAUGAAGAAUGCUCAGCAAUUCUGCAAAACAAGAUGCCCGAAAAAUUAAAAGAUCCAGGGAGUUUUAAUCUUCCUUGUCUCAUUGGUAGAUUGAUAGUUGAUAGGGCUUUAGCUGAUUUAGGUGCUAGCAUUAAUUUGAUGCCAUAUUCUGUUUUUAAGAAAUUAGGUUUAGGGGAACCUAGGCCAACUAGGAUGAGUAUUCAAUUAGCUGAUAGGUCAAUUAAAUAUCCUAGGGGUAUCAUUGAGGAUGUGCUUGUAAAAGUAGACAAAUUUAUUUUUCCUGUUGAUUUUGUGAUUCUUGAUAUGGACGAGGACACUAAUGUUCCCUUGAUCUUAGGUCGUCCAUUUUUAGCUACUACAGGGGCUAUAAUUGAUGUGAGGGAUGGAAAGUUAAUUUUGAGGGAAUUCUUGAUUUCAAACCCAUUGGAAAGAAGCUUAGUUCAUGAUAGAGGAAAAGAUGAUAUGAGCUUGGUAACUCAAGAACAGUGGUGUCAUUUAGAAGCCACUAAGCCAUUAUGGAGAAAGAGAGACUUCAAAGUUUUGGAGUGA